AUGCAUUCAACAUCAAUCACGAAGAAUUUGUCCGGUUUGAAGUCUCUGAUCGCUCGUCAUCAAUCGAGACGAACUGUGCAGACUGAGACUCAUGGCGGAGAAUCUCUACCCAGUCGUCUUUUAGACGUGUUUCUGCGCMCCUGGGACCUCGGCUUUACAGCUUUCGGAGGUCCGCCAGUCCACUUUGGCAUUUUUCAUCAGCGCUUUGUUGAAGCAAAAACUGGAGAGAGAUGGGUUGAUGAGCAGACGUACCAAGAGUUGUUUGCGAUAUGUCAAGCACUUCCAGGGCCGGGAAGCACGAAGAUGCUGUUUUGUCUCGCAUUACUGCACGCUGGCUUCAUUCCUGCCGUACUAACAUUCUUAAUUUGGAGUCUUCCGGGAGCAAUUACCAUGUACGCCUUAGCCCUUGGCGUCCAACACAUCAAUGAAGUCCUUCCUGGACCAGUCUAUGGCCUACUCACCGGCAUGAACGCCUCCACAGUCGGGAUCAUUGCUCUUGCAGCUGUUCAACUAGCCAACAAAGCCAUCAAGGACAAAUUCUCUCGUAUUUUGGUCGUCUUUGGUGCUUGCGCCGGCAUGUGCUAUAAUGCGCUGUGGUACUUUCCCGUGCUCAUGGUGAUCGGCGGUAUUGCAGCUGUUGUCUGGUACGGAUGGAUGUUGCAAAGUGUCGGAAAGCUGAAAUCCAAGCUUAAGCGGAGAAAGUCGAAUACAGAAUCGCAGGUUGAGCAGGCUUCGAUCGAAGAUAGUGUCCCUCUAGAAGAGAGAGCCCAGCCGACUGAUGCUAGUAGUAUUCAAAGGAGAAAUGUGGGUGCCACAGCGACGCCGAUUCCAGGCUCGAAGCCGCCACAGAAUUUGCAGCAAGAGCAGGAAACGCAACAGGUUCAACAAGACAUACAUCAGGACCAUGCCAUCAAAAUCCGCGUGGGUAUCGUUAUCGCAGUUGUGUUUUUUGCCUCAUUCAUCGGCGUUCUCGUCAGCCGUGGCGUAAAAGCUUCMCCCGACAUUACUUUGGACCUCUUCGCCAACAUGUAUCUCGCUGGUACAAUCAUCUUUGGCGGUGGACCGGUCGUCAUUCCCCUCCUUCGCUCUUACGUCGUUGGUCCCGGCUGGGUCUCUGGCCGAGACUUCCUCCUCGGUCUCGCUAUGAUUCAAGCAUGGCCAGGUCCCAACUUCAACUUUGCCGUCUAUCUCGGAGCACUUGCGCUACGCGCUUCGCCUUAUCCGACAGUUCUCGGCGCGAUUCUCGGAUUUUUGGGAAUAUUUAUCCCCGGAAUUACGUUGGCAGUUGCCCUUCAAAGCUUCUGGCGCGUUAUGCGCAAGAACAAAUGGGUUAUUAAUCUCUUGCAUGGCCUCAAUGCUACUGCUGUCGGGUUGGUCUUCACGGCUGUUUACCGUUUGUGGAAUAUUGGGUACCUUACGCCGGAAACCACAAGCGGCCAAAGUCUGGCGUUGGAUCCCUGGUGGGUGGUUGUUGCGACUGUAACGUAUACCGAGAGUGCGUGGUUUGGUGUGCCGCCUGCGGCGGCGAUUUUGAUUGGGGCUGUUUUGGGUCUUUGCUGGUAUGGGGUGGUGAGCCCGUAG